GAGCACCGUAGAGAAUAGAAGGCGAGCGGAAGCCUGUGGCAGUUGGGCAGCCCAAAAAGAAACCAAAUCACAGCGCACACCAUGGCGAUGGAGGAGGCAGUGGACAGUGAGAUGAGCUUGUCUAACAUGGUGUUGGGUUUCUUCGAAGAUGUCGAGAGGGACAGACGGCCGGAGAACGACGACGACGACGAGAGCUCUAGCGGCGGCGGCGACGCCGCCGAGAGCAAAGCCUUCUGGGAGACCCAGCAUUCCAAGCUGCAUGAGACUCUAGCCAAGACCAGCCCGACCGAGGGCAGGAUCCGCGCCGACACGGAGGCCAUCAAGACCAUGCGCGCCGCGGCAGGUGCGGCCUGCUCCUGCACGGGACGGGCGGCGGCCGGGGACUGCCGGCGCUGCAUGCUCCGGCACGUCGCCGAGCGGCUGCGCGACGCUGGGUACAACAGCGCGCUCUGCAAGUCCAAGUGGACGCGCUCGCCGGACAUCCCUUCAGGUGAGCACAGCUACGUGGACGUGGUGGUGCAGACGAGGAGCGGCAAGGCGGUGCGCGUGGUGGUGGAGCUCAGCUUCCGCGCCGAGUUCGAGGUGGCGCGCGCCAGCGCCGGGUACCGCGCGCUGGUGGCUGCGCUCCCCGAGGUGUUCGUCGGCCGCGCGGACCGGCUGCGCGGCGUGGUCAAGGUGAUGUGCGCCGCGGCCAAGCAGUGCAUGAAGGAGAACAACAUGCACAUGGGACCCUGGAGGAAGCACAAGUACAUGCAGUCCAAGUGGCUCGGCACGCCCGAACGUACGGCGGCCGCGGCGACGCCGGUGGUCGCUGCGGAGGUGGCGGUCGGCUCGCCCGAGAAGCAGACGAAGUUCAGGGCGUCCAUGCUGAGCUUCGACUUCGCCCGGACCGCGGUUGGGGUCGUGUGAUGCAUGCACGACGUGCAACGAGAGACGGUGCCCUGGCGGUCACCUGAUAUAUGCAGUGCAGGAGCUGCACAAGUAGUGUACCCGGGAUUUUGGGUUUUUGGUCAGGAUUCAGGGCUUCAGAUUUCAGAAACCGAUGUAAAUUGCUAGUCAAUCAAGCUCGAGAUAGCACAAGCUUGUGACGUAGUAUCAUCCGAUACCGUCACUGUAAGGGAACUGCAUGUUAUGAAUUUGUUACCGAAGAAGUGCCCUAAUUGGAAGGAGAUGAAAUUGAGCUUCACUUGCACUGACAAAGAUAGCCAGCUGGAGCGGCCAAGAUCUGAAGUCAUGUGGUAAUAUGACAAUGAAGGCGCCCAGAAUAAAUA